AUGAAUGUAGAAGAGGAUAGACUAAGCAGCUUGCCAGAUGAUCUUAUCCAUAAAAUCCUCUCUUUUCUUUACCUCGAACAAGCUAUUGGAGUGAGUGUUUUGUCAUCUAGAUGGAAGUCUAUCUGGAAGUCAAUGCCCUAUCUCAAGUUAAUAAAUUACAUCCGGAUUAAUUAUCCGCCUGACUUCUCCAAAUUUGUUAAUAAUGUUCUGUCUCAUCGCAAUUAUCAAGUUCACUUGUCUUCAGUCUUUUUGUAUUCUGAUGGAAGAGUUAGCCAUGAAUUUGUUAAAAGAUUUCUUGAAUAUGUGUUAACUCACAAUGUCCAACAACUGACUGUUUCAUGGUCGCCUGAGAAUGAGGUUGAAUUCCCUCUUUCUUUCUAUAGUUCUCGUUCUCUCCAGCAUCUUGAUUUGCAUGAUUUGGUGGAUAAUGCAUCUUAUUCGGCUACACCAGCUUGGGACCUUCCAGCUUUAACAACAUUGCAUCUUUAUAAUAUCACAGUAGUCUCUCAUAAGUGCAUUGAUCUUUUCUCCAAGUGCCCCAACUUGAAGAAUCUCAAGUUAAGAAAUUGCAAAAUUGGUGAAACGAAGCUAAUUGCCACACAAGGACAAGGUUUCCCUUCUUUGGAGAAGGUGGAUCUCUAUAAUUGCGUCCUGUAUUCUGCAGAUGCUCCUAAUAUUGUUUCUCUGCUUCAGCAGCUACAAAGUGUCAAACUUAUGACACUUGACUUGGAAAUUCUCCAGAUUAUUUCAUCAUCCAUGGGACUAAUGUCAGAUAAACCUUUUCCGUUUGCUAACUUUAAGAUUGUAAAGUUUUUAACGAGGGACUUUGGAAGGGUAUACUUGGAGGUGCAAGCAGACGAUAAGUAUGUGGUAGAUAGUUCUGAUCAAAGUUCCAUCUUCAUAAUGAUCUCUCGUGAGGAGAUUAGAAUUAUGAAUGAUAUUGUAUUUGCACGGCUACUUAUUGCAAAAAUUCGGUCUCGGCUAAGGAAGCGUAAAGCACUUACUGACACCAAACAAGGACGUCAUAUGGAACAAGUCGAUGCACCAAGGAAGAGCUGCAAGAGGAAGAUGAAUGAUCAUGGCAAAGUACAAGUUAAGAAGCAGAAGCAGAUUGAUGGAUGGGUGACUGAGCUUUCUGCAUCAAAGAGGCCUGUGCUACAAGAAACAUUAUCUGUCGUGUGUGAAGAAGCUGCAGUUGUCAUGAAUAAUAUGUUGGAUUGUAUGAAGAUCCGAUGUAAUAAGAAGCCACAUACUCCAGCAUUGAUGCAGUCUUCUUAG